AUGAAAUUAACUGUGCUCGUCCUCAUAUUCGGAUUGUGCCUGGCAGUCGCCUCUGCCAACAUUGACUACCACGUUGAUGAUAAUAAAAUUUCGGAAUACAUUCCUUUGGACUAUGCCUAUGAGGUCAUUGACGCUGAGACAUUCAGUGCUUUCGGUCCAUUGCUCUUCACCAUCAAAGCCUGCUUGCGUACACUAAAAGGUGUCAAUUGUACCAUCAAACGUGUCAUGAGUAUUCGUAGUGCUGGUGUGGAAUUCCUUAAUGCCGUUCAAGAUUGCAAUACUGGUGCAUUGAAGAACUUCAAUGCACUCAUUAAACAAGUCGAAAGUGUUGUGAGUACUUGUGACGACAUCAUACACUUGAACAGCAAUGUUUGCAAUAAUGGUGACCUUGACGAUGAGGCCGAUGGCCAGAAGAAGACUCCUCGUAGUUGUUUUUCAAAGUUGUUGAGUAAAAUGAUGACCCUAAAGCGACAGAUUGCUAAGACAAUUACCUUGUCCAAGAAGUUGCCAUCCACAGCAAAUACCUAUGCCGAAUGUUCUACUGCCGCUGUGAGCGAUCUUGUUUCGGUAUUUACUGAGUUCCCUUCCUUCGUGAAGACUUGCUCUAAAUUGAAGAAUUAA